AUGUCUACUACUGUCGAUGGAGUUCGUAUAUGUCCAACUACUGGUAAUCAGUAUUAUACUCCUAUUGUUCCAGAUUCUUCCAAACCUGUAGUUGGUAUGCAUUUCCAGUCAAUUGAUUCUGCCUUUAAUUUCUAUAAGAAGUAUGCUAAGUUAUCUGGGUUUGAGGGUCGAAAGCAUACUCAAUCUUCAAAAAAUGGUGUUGUCAUUAGAAAGUACUUUGUUUGUGCGAAAGAGGGUUCAGCGACAUCCUGUGCUGUUGACACGGUAAAUGAUAGUGUUGGUGCUGAUAAAAAGUUAAAUGACCGAAGGAGGAGACCUUCUAAACGUACCGGAUGUAAGGCACACAUCCGUAUGUCUUUAACUCCAAAAAAUACUUAUAGAAUUUCUCAUGUAUUUGAGGAGCAUAAUCAUUCUUUUGUUGAUGAAGAGGAUUAUCAUCUUUUAGCUUCGUCUAGAAAGUUGACAUUCACUGAAGAGCAACUGCUUUCUGAUUUUUCUGAGAUGAAUAUUGGUCCAGUUAGGGCAUUCAACCUUAUGAGAAAGAUUCGUGGUGGAUUUGAUAAGGUUGGAGUGACGUCUACUGAUUGUAAAAAUUUUAAAAGAGAUAUUAAUUUGUUCAUUGGAGAGUUUGAUGUGGACAUGGCUGUCCAACGUCUUAUGAAGAAGAAGCUGUAUUUGCCGAAUUUUUCUUGUGAAUUUUAUUGUGAUGAAAAAGGUUCUCUUGCUGGAUUAUUUUGGGCUGAUGAAGAAAUGAAACUGAAUUAUGAGGUCUUUGGGGAUGUUAUGUCUUUUGAUGCUACGUUCCGUACGAACAGGUAUGACUUGGUAUUUGUUCCGUUCACUGGAAUCGAUAAUCAUCAUCACAAUGUCACGUUUGCUGGUUCUUUGUUAGCAUCUGAAACUGCUGAAUCAUAUAAAUGGCUUCUUCAAAGUUUUUUGAAGGCUUUUGGUGUUGCACCUAAGGUGGUUGUGACUGAUCAGGACGCUGCAAUGAAAAUUGCCAUCCGAGAUGUUUUCCCAGAUACCAGACAUCGUUUGUGUAUGUGGCAUAUAAUGAUCAAAGUUUCUUAA